AUGACUGAGGAGCAGCAGCAGGAAGACGUGAAGCCGAAGAUCAACCUCGUGGUCGACUUUGAGGGGCAAACGUGCACGGUGAAGGUGAAGCCAGGAAUGCCGUUCAAGAAGCUGUUCGAGGCUGCAGAGAAACGGUUCCAGAAGGAACCAGGGACAUUCAAGUUCACAUAUGGUGGACAAAGGUUACGUCCAGAAGAGACUCCCGCAGAGCACGGUAUGGAGGACGGCGACGCCAUCGAUGCUCAUCUGCAGCAGCUCGGUGGCGGCGCGUGGUAGUGGGGUGAUGAAAAGGCUGAUGCUGGAUCUGCGUAUUGUACCAUUUUUCACUUAUUCUCAUCGUGUACUCUGGUGUGUUCUUUAUCUCUCUCUGCCUAUCCCGCAUCCUUCAGACAUGGCGUGAAUCAAGAUCGGAGGAAUACUCGGAGACGGGCGCUUAUGGUCCAUUCGGCGUGCUGGAUUCAGUUCUAUGCUCUCGUCUUCAACCAUCAUCGUCGUCGUACAUCGGCAUCC